AUUUUAAUAUAAUUUUGGAUGAGAGAUGAGAUAGAAUGCCGUAAAGGAAAGACAGAGUGGGGGGCAAAGCUUAGCUUAGGUUAGAUUAGUGCUGCUCGUGAAGAAGCAGGUAAACUGGGAGUAGCAGUGAAGAAGAUCACUAUUAAGGAAGAAAAUUAAAAGCUCAUUUUCUCUCUCCCCCUUAAACACUUGGUAUCAUUCGCAUUCAUUCUUUGCUUCCUCCUUUUAUAUCACGAGAUCCCCAUCUCUCUUUUCUAUCUUUCCUUCGUGUUGUUUUCUUAACGAGCUCUCUCUUCUUUUUCUUCUCGUUUUACAGUAUUAUCGUAGAGAAAAACCAAACUAAACCAGUGUCUGUUUAAUUUAUGAUGUCACAUUCAAAGAAAUUCUUACAAGAUAUAAACUUUGAUUCUUUAACUAACCGAUUCGCUGACUCACUCACCUUCAACGACGACAACAACAAGCCAGAUUUCAAAGAACUCGAUCUGGGUUCACCCGUUUCACCUUUGUUAACCCGUGGAUCAGUUACUAACGCCAAUGGUGUCACCACAUCAACCAGCAGCUCCAUCUCCUCUGGUUCAGCCUCGGCCAAAAGCAAUACCACUCCUCAAUUGCCUAAAAACAAAACAAAAAAUAACUCCGGUGAGCUCUCGGGUCCACCUGGGUCCGGCCCAGCUCCACGUAAUCUGAAACCGGGUCACCGGAGAUCAGUCUCCGCCGGUCCACCAUUAAUCUAUUCUGGUUCGAGUUUCAGUACAGCGAGCAGCAGUGGCAGUAUGUAUAACGGAAAUGGAGCACAUUCAGUUUCUAUAAAUCCCAACGCCGCAAGCGUGCUCCCCAGUGGCAACAUUUGUCCAUCUGGGAAGACCAUUAAAACUGGCAUGGCAUGUCGCGUUUCCAACAGAACUGACACGUUGGGCACGGGCAUGGGAAACUAUGGACACGGCAGCAUAGUGCGUGGUUAUAGCAAUGGCAAUAACAAUAAUAAUAAUAACAACGCGAAAUUAGGUAAUGUCGCGGAUGCAGAGGAGGUGAAGAGGGCGGGAAAUGAGAUGUACAAAAAGGGUAAUUUUGUUGAGGCUUUGAAGUUGUACGAUAAGGCCAUAUCUAUUUCGCCUGAAAACGCCGCCUAUAGGAGUAACCGCGCUGCGGCUUUGACGGCGAUAGGGAGGUUGGGUGAGGCUGUUUCAGAGUGUGAGGAGGCUGUGAGAUUGGACCCUGCUUAUAUGAGAGCUCACCAGAGGCUGGGUUCUCUGUAUCUUAGAUUGGGUCAGGUUGAGAGUGUCAAACAUCACCUCUUUUUCCCUGGGCAACGCCCGGAUCCUGCUGAGUUGCAUAAGUUGCAAUCAUUUGAGAAGCAUCUAAAUCGAUGUGCAGAUGGCAGGAAGAUUGACGAUUGGAAGAGUGUUGUCAGGGAAGCUGAUGCAGCCAUGGCAAUUGGAGUAGACUCCUCUCCUCAGAUUGUUGCUUGCAAAGCUGAGGCCCUGUUGAAACUCCACCGAAUUGAAGAUGCAGAUAUUUGCCUGUCAAACAUACCUAGAUUUGAACAUUAUCCCCCUGCAUCACAAGCCAAGUUCUUUGGUAUGGCUGCAGAAGCUUAUGUACUCUGUGUACAAGCACAGGUCGAGGUGGCACUAGGAAGAUUUGAGAAUGCAGUUUCAGCAGCAGAGAAGGCUGUGCUUAUUGAUAGCAGUGAUUCAGAUAUUGCAACAGUGUUAAAGAAUGUGAAAAUGGUGGUAAUGGCACGUACUCGUGGUAAUGAUCUUUUCAGUUCUGGAAGAUAUGCAGAAGCCUGCUCGGCUUAUGGGGAAGGCCUUAAAUAUGAUAGUUGCAACUCUGUUCUUUAUUGUAAUAGAGCAGUUUGUUGGUCCAAGCUUGGGUUUUAUGAAAAAUCCAUAGAGGACUGCAAUGAAGCCCUAAAAAUACAGCCAAAUUACACAAAAGUUCUUCAUCUCAGGGCUGUCUCAAAUGGAAAGCUUGGGCAGUGGUCAGAAGCUGUCAGAGAUUAUGAGGCUUUGAGGAAAGAACUUCCCGGAGACAAUGAGGUUACUGAAUCUCUGCACCUUGCACAAAUUGCAUUGAGGAAAUCUAGCAGGGAGUUCACAAAUACUAUGAAAUUGGGUGGUGAGGUGGAAGAGGUUUUAAGCCUAGAAAAAUUUAAAGCUGCCAUAUCAUCACCUGGUGUUUCCAUUGUUCAUUUCAAAGUAGAGUCCAGUGAAAAAUGUGAAGAAAUAUCCCCAUUUGUAAAUACACUCUGCAUCCGAUAUCCCUCAGUGCACUUUUUUAAGGUGGAUGUCGAGGAGAGCUUGGCAAUAGCAAAAGCUGAGGGAAUAAGAGCCAUUCCAACUUUUAAGAUUUACAAGAAUGGGGAUAAGCUGAAGGAGAUGAUCUGCCCAAGCCAUCAAAUCUUGGAGGAAUCAGUGAGAAGUUAUAUUCUAUAGAAUACAUAUUCAUUCAUGUUUUGUGAUGGCUCAAGCCCCCACAGCCAACAGUAAUUUUCCAAAGAAUUUAUUUAGCAAUUCAAUAUUCAUACUAGGACUGUCAAUUUUACCUGUAACAUAAUCAGCCUUGCAAUUGUUUCAGGAGUUUUCAAGUCAAUGAAAAUCUCAGUGAGAAAAUAGCUCUUUUAGUUCA